GGGCUACAGAGCCUUACAAAUUCAGGGCAAAGCUGCUGAGAGCUUAGAGUGAGUUACACUUCGUACAAGGAGGAAAUCAGGUGCUUGGAAACAUGCCUGGGAAACCCAAGCUCUACUACUUCUGUGGACGAGGCCGAAUGGAAUCAAUUCGGUGGCUACUAGCAGCAGCCGGAGUUGAGUUUGAAGAAAGCUUCCUGGAAACAAGGGAUGACCUGUUGAAGUUAGAGAAGAGUGGAGCCCUGCUCUUUCAGCAAGUGCCCAUGGUGGAGAUGGAUGGGAUGAAGAUGGUGCAGACAAGAGCCAUCCUCAGCUACAUAGCAGCAAAGCACAACCUCUACGGGAAGGACCUGAAGGAGAGAGUCCUAAUUGAUAUGUAUGUGGAAGCAUUAAUGGAUCUGGAUGAGUUACUCAUGCACCAUCCUUUCCAACCAGCUGAUAAAAGGGAGCAAGAUCUUGCUAAUAUUGUGGAUAAAGCCACAAACAGAUACUUCCCAGUCUAUGAGAAGGUUUUGAAGAACCAUGGGCAAGACUUUCUUGUAGGCAACCAGCUCAGCAAGGCAGAUGUGCUGUUACUUGAAGCCCUUUUAAUGGCAGAAGAGUGCAAGCCUGAUAUACUUGCCAAAUUUCCUCUCUUGCAGAGUUUUAAAGCAAGAAUAAGUAAUGUCCCCACAAUAAAGAAAUUUCUGCAGCCUGGCAGCCAGAGGAAACCACCAAUAGAAGAAAAAGAUAUUCCAAAAGUGAUGAAGAUUUUCAAUGUUGCCCAGUGAGCAGCAACGUAAAAUCUCAGAAACUCUACCGCUUUUUCUCUGUGUUUCUUGACAGUGGCAAAGUGAAAUGAAUGAAAAUAGUUAAGUGUUUUUCUGAUCUCUCUUUCUCUAGCUAAGGAUUAGAUUUGGGCUACUGCAAACACUUUCCGUGCAAAUCUGCUUGAACACACCAGCAAAUGAAACGGUUAAAUGAAUUAUGAGGUGCGCUGGACAAAGCAGGAUGUCUUAAAUUACUGAUUUUAAGAGAUUUCCUGAAAUAAAGUCUCACUAUUGACACUUAAAA